GAGAAUAUCGGAAAAACCCAAAUCAAGGACAGAGUCCAGGAUGUGAAAGACAGAGAUGGAGUUUCAGAUUGGUGGGAAUUAAGGAGAAAGAGUAAGUCCAGUGAGGAUCUGGAUGGGACCCUAGAACAGGAAGAAAAGGCUUCUCUUUUACAUCGUACUCAGGAAGAAAGAAGAAAAAGAGAGGAAGAAAGGCGAAGAUUGAAAAACGCAAUAAUUAUUCAGUCAUUUAUUCGAGGCUAUCGAGACAGAAAACAGCAAUACGCCAUUCAAAGAACUGCAUUUGACCGCUGUGCUAACUCGUCCCAGGCUGGGGGCACGCUUUCCAUUGCCAAUGGUCCCAACCUGACCCUUUUGGUGAGACAGCUUCUGUUUUUUUACAAACAGAACGAAGACUCAAAACGUCUGAUAUGGAUGUAUCAGAACCUCAUUAAGCACAGCUCUCUGUUUGUCCAGCAGUUGGAUGGAUCCGACAGACUUACAUGCUUAUUUCAUUUAAAGAGGUUGAUGAGCCUCUGUUGCAGGUUAUUGCAAAACUGUAAUGAUGACAGUUUGAAUGUUGCACUUCCAAUGAGAAUGCUUGAGGUGUUUUCAUCCGAGAAGACUUACUUACCUGUUUUACAAGAUGCUAGCUAUGUGGUGUCAGUAAUUGAGCAAGUUUUGCACUACAUGAUUCAGAAUGGGUAUUAUAGAUCUCUCUAUUUGUUAAUUAACAGCAAGCUUCCAUCAAGUAUUGAGUAUUCUGAUUUAUCUCGAGUUCCUAUAGCAAAAGUUUUGUUAGAGAAUGUCCUAAAACCAUUGCACUUUACUUACAACUCCUGUCCGGAGGGCGCCAGGCAGCAGGUGUUCGCGGCCUUCACGGAGGAGUGUUUGGCGGCCCCUUUCACAGACCAGAUCUUUCACUUCGUCAUUCCCGCGCUGGCGGACACCCAGGCCGCCUUCCCCUUUGAGCCCUUCCUGGACGCGCUGCUGUCGGCGGAGAGCAGUGCCAGGGCCCGCGGGCACGCACCCUGGCUCUUCUACUUUGUCCUCACCGUCGGUGAAAAUUACCUGGGGACCCUCUCCGAGGACGGCCUGCUGUUGUACCUGCGAGUGCUCCAGGCCUUCCUUGCGCAGUUACCCGUCGCACCUGCCGGGGCCAGCUGCCAGGACUCCGGCAGCGACUCAGAAGAGGAGGGUGCAGAGGGCGACCAGCGGAGGAGCUCGCCGGCGGACGGGAGGCUGUCGUUACCGUACAUAACAGAGGAGUGUCUGAAAAAGCUGGACACGAAGCAGCAGACCAACACGCUGCUCAACCUGGUGUGGAGGGACUCGGCCAGCGAGGAGGCCUUCACGCUGAUGGCCUGCAUCUGCCACACGCUCAUGGUGCAGCAGCGGAUGAUGGUGCCCCGAGUCAGGCUUCUCUACAGCUUAGCCUUUAAUGCCAGGUUUCUGAGGCACCUUUGGGUUCUCAUAUCCUCAAUGACAACGCAGAUGAUCACAGGGUCGAUGGUGCCACUGCUUCAGGUGAUAUCAAGGGGCUCGCCCAUGUCCUUUGAAGACUCCAGCCGCAUCAUCCCGCUCUUCUACCUGUUCAGCUCCUUGUUUAGUCACUCUCUGAUCUCCAUACAUGAUAAUGAAUUCUUCGGGGACCCCAUAGAAGCCACAGGUCAGAGACAAUCAUCCCUGAUGCCUUUCACUCUGGAAGAGCUGGUGGUGCUGUCCCGCUGCCUCCGCGAUGCCUGCCUCGGGAUCAUCAAGCUAGCUUACCCGGAGACCAAGCCCGAGGUCCGGGAGGAGUACGUCACCGCGUUUCAGAGUAUUGGGGUGACCACGAGCGCCGAGAUGCAGCAGUGCAUCCAGAUGGAGCAGAAGCGGUGGAUCCAGCUGUUCAAGGUCAUCACCAAUCUGGUGAAGAUGCUGAAGUCCAGAGACACGAGGAGAAACUUCUGUCCCCCAAACCACUGGCUGUCAGAGCAGGAAGACAUCCGAGCAGAUAAGGUCACCCAGCUGUACGUGCCAGCUGCCAGACACGUGUGGAGGUUCCGACGGAUGGGGAGGAUCGGCCCCCUGCAGUCCACCCUGGAUGUGGGUUUGGAGUCACCUCCACUGUCUGUAUCUGAGGAAAGACAGCUCGCCAUCCUGACGGAGCUGCCCUUCGUGGUUCCAUUUGAAGAGCGGGUAAAGAUCUUUCAAAGGUUGAUUUAUGCAGACAAGCAAGAAGUUCAAGGAGAUGGCCCAUUUCUGGAUGGAAUUAAUGUCACAAUAAGAAGGAAUUAUAUUUAUGAGGAUGCUUAUGACAAACUUUCCCCAGAAAAUGAGCCCGACCUGAAGAAGCGCAUCCGCGUCCACCUGCUCAAUGCACACGGCCUGGACGAAGCCGGUAUCGACGGUGGCGGCAUCUUCAGGGAGUUCCUGAACGAGCUGCUGAAGUCGGGCUUCAACCCUAACCAGGGCUUCUUCAAGACGACGAACGAGGGCCUCCUGUACCCCAACCCUGCUGCGCAAAUGCUCGUGGGGGACUCCUUCGCCAGACAUUACUACUUCCUGGGCAGAAUGCUUGGAAAGGCUCUCUACGAAAACAUGCUGGUGGAGCUGCCCUUCGCGGGCUUCUUCCUGUCCAAGCUGCUGGGCACCAGCGCCGACGUGGACAUCCACCACCUGGCCUCCCUGGACCCAGAGGUUUACCGGAACCUGCUGUUCCUCAAGAGCUACGGGGGCGACGUGGAGGAGCUGGGGCUGAACUUCACCGUGGUGAACAACGACCUCGGGGAGGCCCAGGUAGUAGAACUGAAAUGUGGCGGAAAGGAUAUCCCUGUCACCAGCGCGAACCGGAUCGCAUACAUCCACCUGGUGGCCGACUACAGGCUGAACAGGCAGAUCCGCCAGCACUGCCUGGCCUUCCGGCAGGGCCUGGCCAACGUGGUCAACUUGGAGUGGCUGCGUAUGUUCGACCAGCAGGAGAUUCAGGUACUGAUUUCUGGUGCACAAGUUCCCAUAAGUCUGGAGGACCUGAAGUCCUUUACCAACUACUCAGGAGGCUAUUCUGCCGACCACCCUGUGAUCCGAGCCUUCUGGCGCGUCGUGGAGGGCUUCACCGACGAGGAGAAGCGCAAACUGCUCAAGUUCGUCACCAGCUGCUCCCGGCCCCCUCUUUUGGGGUUUAAGGAGCUGUACCCCGCCUUCUGCAUUCACAACGGCGGCUCCGACCUGGAGCGGCUGCCCACAGCCAGCACCUGCAUGAACCUGCUGAAGCUGCCCGAGUUCCAGGACGAGGCGCUGCUGCGCAGCAAGCUGCUCUACGCCAUAGAGUGCGCCGCGGGCUUCGAGCUGAGCUGAGCUCCCGGGCGGCGACCUCUGCAGAGAAGCUGCGCGGCCUCCUCGUAAGUAGCUCCUUCCAGGCCCAUGAGGACACUCAGGCUGGGC